GUGGGAACCCAGUCGAUCUCUCCCCUCGAAUGGGCUGUCACCAGCGGCAACUGGGUGGCUGCAGAACUUAUCAUCCAGGAUCUCUUGACGAUUCGAGCCGACAGGGAGAGAUAUUACUACGGCCUUGAUGCAUUGUUCGAGAGGCAUCCUGACAUCAUCCAGUUGCUGUGCACGCAGGCCCAAUGCCUACUCAAAACUCUUCUUGAUGGAAUGAUGUGGCACUCUCACCUGACGACUGCUGGCAUGCGGCGCACGAACUAUUACAUCAAGCACUUGAUAACGGACAGAAACGGCGAUUUCGCACCUUGCAUGAAGGCUAUUGUGCAGCUGCAGGAUCCCGGCAUUGCGGUGCACAGAGUCCUGACGCGGGUGACCGGCAUCGUGUGGCAAGGCUUGAUCCGCUCCAGAUUCAUCUUUGGCACCACAUGGCUCCUUUUCAAUUUCUUGCUCUUUGUCCUGAGCCACGGGUUGCUCAACCAUGAAGCAGCGCAAGCGGAGAUGUCGUCAAGGAUUGCCAUGUUCACCUUCCGUUCCAUCAUCUACUUCUUAGGCAUGACGCAGCUGAUCUACGGCCGGGUCCGCCACAUAUGCAGAGCUAUCAAGGAUGGGGAUUUGGUUACUAUUGCAAACAUGCCCAUUCCCAAACGAAUGGUUGACAACUGGCGGGAGCCAGUUUCUUGCUUACUGGCUUCUGCUCUGAUCGUCAUGUUCUUCAUCGAGCCUGUGCUGUCCUGCUUGCAGCACUACGACGGUGAUUUUGAGGGCUCAGGUCUCUUUACCGAUCUCUGUCCGGAGGCCAAGGGCGUCCGGGAGGUGUAUUCCAUCCUCUCUUUGUUCAUUGUCGCUUUGUACAUGGCCUUGCUUCUGGACCUUGCAGCGUUGUCGAUCAAGUUGAACGCAUAUGUCCUCGUGGCAAUCAAUGUCUUACCAGAGCUUUUCCUGAUGAUUACGGCGGUAGCCUUCCUGGUGAUCAUGUUUGCCACGUGUGUGGCAGUCAGCCACACUUCAGUUGACACCUUCAAAGACAUGCCGACGGCUGGUAUGCGCUUCUUCCAGAUUGCGGCGAAGAUGCAAGACAACCGAGGGAUGCCGGAGAUCUCCACAGUUCCGCUUCUUAUGGUGGCGAUCGGCUUGUUCAUGGUUGCAGUGGUCAUCGGCGCCUUCAACAUCUUCGUCGCGCAGCUGACAUGCGCGCACCAGGAGAUCUACGACAGUAUGGUGGGUUAUUCAAUUCUGAGGCGAAUGCAGAUCUCCAUUGACACGAUGCAGACGCUUCGUCGGCGCAAGUUCAAGCAGUUUGUGGAUAGCCUCGUCAUGGACGAGCCUUUGGAGUUCGGCGAAGGCGAUAUUGGUCUUCCGGGUGGCGUGCAGAUCAUGGAGUGCGCAUCCCUUCACCCACAGAACAAAGAGAGCAUUAUCAGGUUCGGCGGUUCUACGGAGACAUCCAUGCAGUGGCCCAAAGAAGAAGCCUUGGAGAUUGCUUCGGAGGAUGCAAGGCUGGAUCGCUUGGUCAAGAAGUUUGACAAGUCGUUGUUGAGGAUAUCCAAGAUGAUGAAAAAGCGAGGCUUCUCAAGCUACACCUCUGCAGUCACUUCUCGAAUGGGGGCUUCGGCCACGAAAACAUCGACAAAGCUGAGCUCAGCGCCGGAUGGCGAACCUACGAGCGGUGCAAGUGGUGCAGCAAGCUACACCAGUGAGGAGCCCAACUAA